GAAGUCUUGUUGCAAUCAAUGAACUGAACGUGACUCAGCUGUGCGUCUGCAGCUGAAGUGACGUCUCCACGCCGACUUUGGCAACAAUGAGGAGCCGCCGUUGAACGCCACAUCAUUCCCUGGAAGUGAUGAGCGUGCGUCGCUCUUCAUUCACAAUCGUACCGCGUUGAGCGUCCUCCUUUCUGUGAGCGGACAUUUGCGUUUUAAACCCUUUUUAUAUUUCUUUCAUGCUGUUUGCCCAAAAGAGUCUUGCGGUUAAUUCAGCGCUCCAGCAAAGACUCUGUCAACAUCUUUGAAAGGUUUGGAAGUAAACGUGUCCAAGCAAAGUGCUUUCGCUCGCUUAAAUUUUUACCACCAUGAAUCCUACCUCAACCGAUCCCAGAUUGCCGCCGAGCCCGUCACCCCGUUCAGCCCAGGUGGGCCCUUCUGGGGGUGGCAGUUCUCACGCCCCGCCUCAGUUUUUCUCUGUUACCAACUUCGCCCUGACCUCGCCAGUUCCGCUUCCCCUGGCACCGUGCCAGGUGUGCGUGGCCAUCCCAUCGCCCGGCCUGCGCCCUUCCCCCCUGCAGUCGCCCCCGCCCGCCGAGGUCGGCACCCCGGACCUGGAGUGCUGGGUGUGCUACAGCCACUUCAACAACGUCUUCCGCUGCCCUAAGAUGCUGGAGUGCAAGCACACCUUCUGCCUGGAGUGUCUGGCCCGCAUCAACGUCAAGUCGGCGCAGCCCGCCGCCAUUUGCUGCCCGCUGUGCCGACGCCUGACGCCGCUGCCCGCCCUGGGCCUCCCUAAGCUCGCCACCGACGCGGACGUGCUGGCAUCCCUUCCGGCUGCCAUGCAACGUGUCUACAGUGUCCGCUUCCAGCGCAACAAGGGAAAGCUGCAGAUAAAAAGGAUAUCCGAAGGUCGCCGAUGCACUGAAAGGUCGCUGGAUGUCGGCCUUCCCAGCCCGCCCCUUCAGAAUGUUGGCCACUCGGGUGGUGUGGGCGGAGCCUUGUUCAGAUUGACGGGCCAGCCCCUUUGUCGGGCUUUGCUCCUCACGCUGGUGCUCACAAUGACCGUCGUGCUCACUGGCAUCGUUGUCUUCCUCCUCAUCUACAACCCUGACCAGCUCUAAUGAUCUGUUUCCAUGGGGACCAGAUCCUGAGGUUGUAGCUGUCUCAAAGGGACCCAGGAUGUGGACUCACUGCUCUCCAUGGUCACCAAGAUGCUGAAUUGGCCUGUCUCCAUGGUAACGUGUUCCCAACCUGACAAGGAUGUUGCGUAAUCAUUUCAUUCAACCAAGAUGCUGUCUCCAUGGCAACUGUCAUCUCUAUGGUGACUCAGAUGAUAACAGCAUGCUGAGUGGCUGUUUCCAUGGCGACCAAGAUGCUGAGUAACUAGUUUCUAUGACCAGAGAUUCUGAUUUACUGAAGUCUCCAUGGUGACCAGGAUGCUGGUCUUGUUUACAAAGCGAACAAGAUGCAAACUGUCUCUUGACGAUCACGAUGUGGAGUCAGUCUCGAUGGCAACCAGGAUGCUCACGGUCAACUUGUGUGCUCAAGAUGCUGAUUCACUUCAACGGGACCAGGAUGCUUAAUCAUGUUCUCAAGAGCAACAAAGAUGUUGCUCAAGAUGAGUGAUUUUAUGUUUCUCCAGUCAGGCAAUGCCUUCACUGCUGGAUAAACAUUGCAGACUUGAAAUUUGAAGUUUUGUGUAGUUUUAGACUUUUAUUGCGCAAGAGCAAAAUUAUCUAAAAUAUUUAAUAUUUUUUAAAAAUAUGCACCUUUUGUUGCCUUGUUUA